AGCAACGAUGAGCCUCACGUUGGAUGAGCAAUAUAAAAACUCACGCAAGUUAUCGAUGACGAUUGAAAGCAUAAUGACCAAAGUGUCUACGAGCCCACCUGAGCAAGCAAAAGUAUUAUUGGAAGAUGCAAAAAACAAACUAAUUGACACCAAAGGCCUUGUGAAUUCCAUGGAACAGCUUGUGCUCGGUGAACCUGCAGCGAAAAAAGAUCUGUGGAAAAAUAAGGUUGGAAAUCUCCGCGAAGAGUUUGAAUCUUUGUCAAGACUCUAUGAAAGGGAAAGAAAGAGAUUGCUUGGGAAAGAGAAGCAGGAAGAAGAACGAGCUCAGUUAUUCAAAGAUAUUCAGGGAGGUCAGCCUUCAGAUCAAGAAAGCCUAGAUGUCGAAUCUCGCAUGGCUUUACAAAGGUCCCAUGCUGCUAUCGAUGAGUUGGAAGAGAGAGGGGCUAAAAUUCUAUCAAACCUUGGGAUUCAAAGAGAACAAUUGAAAAAUGUACACAAGAAGGUUCUGGAUGUGAUGAAUACACUUGGUGUUUCCAAUUCCCUCAUAAGAGUUAUUGAAAAACGACAAGCGAUGGAUAUCAUAUUGUUGUUCGCCGGAAUGAUAGGAACAGUCUUCAUCCUUGUGAUGGUUUGGAUCUACUUUCGACGAAAAUAAGAAACAGAAUCUCUUGAGCGAAGGUCAGAGCAAAUAGCUCCAUGAAGGGUUGCGCUGCCUGUGCGUAGA